UGGAGCGUGGACUUUGGGGGGGAAGGAAGAUGGCGACUACUCGGAGGGACAGGGUCCGGGCCUUGGGUGGGAGGUUACUCCUACGGCUGCUGCUGGUCCUAGGGCUGGGGUUGCUGUGGGCGCCCUCGAGCGUAUUUGCGCACGGGAGCAAGUAUUCGAGGGAGAAGAACGAGCCCGGGGCUCCCCCGAAACGUGAGCCCGGGACCGAAUUCCGGAUGGAGAAGCUGAACCAGCUCUGGGAGAAGGCGAAGAGGCUUCAUUUUUCUCCUGUAAAAAUGUCAGAGCUCAAUGUUGAUCUGAAGAUGCAAGAAAAGGAUGAACUCAACUGGAAAAAAAUGAAGGCUGAAGGAUUAGACGAUGAUGGAGAGAAAGAAGCAAAACUUGUCCGCAAUUUCAAUGUCAUUCUGGCUAAAUAUGGACUAGAUGGGAAGAAGGAUGUUCAGCUGAAAAAUACCAAUUAUAUCAAUGAUGGCACAGAAAACGAUGUGUUAGAAGAUCCAAGACUGGAAAAAUUGUGGAAUAAGGCUAAAACCUCUGGGAAAUUUUCAAGUGAGGAGUUGGAUAAACUGUGGCGGGAAUUUAAACAUCAUAAAGAAAAAGUCCAUGAAUAUAACGUCCUUUUAGAGACUGUGAGCAGAACAGAAGAGAGCCACAAAAAUGUAAUCAGCCCAUUAGAGGAGAACCAUGUCAAAGAGGAUGUGUUACACAGCAAACACACAGAACUGAAAGACAAACUACGGAGCAUCAACCAAGGGUUUGACCGUUUACGGAAAGUUAGCCAUCAAGGUUAUGACACCAACAGUGAGUUUGAAGAACCAAGAGUCAUUGAUUUGUGGGACAUGGCUAAAACAGCAAACUUUACUCAAAAGGAACUGGAUUCAUUUCGGGAGGAGCUUAAACACUUUGAAGCCAAAAUUGAAAAGCAUCAUCAUUAUCAGAAACAGCUGGAAAUUUCUCAUCAGAAACUAAAGCACGUUGAGGGAACUGGAGAUAAAGAACACCUGAGCAGAAAUAAAGAGAAAUAUGCCAUGUUAGAAGAGAAGACUAAAGAAUUGGGUUACAAGGUAAAGAAGCACUUACAAGACUUGUCUACAAGAAUCUCAAGAGGUCUUUCACACAACGAACUCUAAUGGUAUCCUGGAGGUGCUCAACACUGUCCGCUUUAAGCAUCAGAACUUUUAUGCCUAUAGGUUUUCAUCCUAAAAAGAAUUUGUUAAAAUGCUGUGCUUUGUAAUAUAUAAGACUUAGAUAAUGGUACCUUUGCAGAUAGGUCAAUGUGUCCUCACUAAGGGAUUCAUUUUCAGUUGUCAUAUAUCUAACUUUGGAGCUGAAAGGUAUAAAUGUUAAGGCAAGCCAGACACUUAAACAACUAGUUAGUUAUCUUGAUUCUGUGCUCUACUGUCUGGGUCUUUGAUUGACAGAGGUGCUGUUUUCCCUUAUGCACAUAUUGAUGUCCUAUUUUUUUCCCUGUAAGAAAGUUCUUUUCACAUUGCACAUACAGAAAAUUCAAUUACAGAUCAGUUUGCAUCCACCCAUAAGUCCAUAACUCAUUACUAGAAAUUUUAUGUAGAGAAAUCAUUAGAAAAAAUUAGAAGCUCUCAGAUUUUUCAUAAAUAUGAAACCAGAUUUUUUUAAAAAAAUAAGUCACAUGCAGCAUUAAAUCCUGUAAUCCAUCUGAUCACCGUAAUGAAUUAAAGUAAAAGAGACAAAA